GGUACUGCACAUUUAUAGUAUGGUCGAUCAGUACGGUUGAAUACAUGACGAAGUAAUGAAGUCUAUUACUUCCCAGUUUCCCGCUGUUUCUUGAAUUUUUUUUUUCUUCCUCUUCAACAUACAACUUUUCUUCCUUUUCAAUAUACAGUGCAUCUUUGCUUGUCAUUUUUAAAACUGCAUGUAAUACGCCAUAAACGAAAACAACGUCUGAAAAAUCUCCGCCAUGUAUACACAUAUCUUAAUCCAACUCAGAAUAUCAGAUUUGCUCGUUUUCCCGUCGUCUGAGCUCUGCUUGUAAGGACUACAAGCCGAGCUGUAAAUUUUUGAGAUAUAUCGAGGUCUUUUUGGAUAUUCGAUCUUAUCUGUCUGGAAAUCUAAUCGAGGUGGAACAUUGGUCCUUUUCGAACUAUUACUUGCUGUUUUCUAUCCCAUCCCAUCUAGCUGGGAAUAUCGAAUCGACUCGAAUGUUGCACUUACUCGAAGUUUGAGGUGUUUUCAAACAUCCAAUCGGCGCGAUACAAUAACUGAACUUGACGUUUUACGUAAUUAUUAUAUUGGAAUGUCAUAUCGCAUCUACUAGCUCAGUGUAUCAAACUAGAAUAGUACACAUAUUCAGAUUUUUACUUGUUCCCAAACACCGAACUGGCAAAAUGGGACUCGCAAAAGCCAUGAGAUUCGACAAAGCCAAGAGCCUCGAAAAAGCCAAAGAAGUCGAGAGCGUCAAGAAACCGCUAAUGGAAUUGACUGGCGAUGAGUUGAUUUUUUGGCACAGACAGAAAGCGUGGAAAGAAUUGGUCGGAGAUAGCCCGGGAGAGGAGGUUGAGGCGAUUUUGCAAAACAGUAACCAAAAAGGGACGAAAGACCUCGAGAACCAAGUCUACCGAUUGACAAGAGAUGUUCCCCAUCUGCGCACUUGCUCUAUUACUAAAUCGAACUCUAUCAGAUCUGUUAGACCAAUCAUAGAAAAUGGCUCGGAAAAAGCAAGAAGUGUGAAGAUGGCCCACAAAAUGGUAACCGAGCUUCAAAGAAUGGGGGAUUGGCCUUCUCCUAUCCCAGAGGAGGACGAACAAGACUCUUCUCCGCCUCGUCACCCUCAGGAGCAGUUUUACGAACCUAGUUCCUCCAAUGACCCCACUGACCAAGCCAGCCACUCAUACAAGCACAUUCGUCCAAUGUCAGAAUCGGCACUCGAAGACUCUUCUCCUUUUGAAGUUCCAGGGCCCUAUUCCAACGGGAGGCCCUCCCAUCCUAGAGGCAAAUCUAUUUAUGAAAUCAUCCACUCUGAAGAACGUGGUCUUUCAGUGCUAGACCAUACCACCAAAGAAACCCUUCCAAUACGUCGUCAGGUAAAACGUUUUGACACGCCAGUUUCCUCCACCGGAAAAGGAACCGACUCACAAAGCGAGCUUAUUCUCCAAGAACAUGCCAGCUCUGAGACCUCCACGUCAGCUGAAACCAAAAAACUCCGUCGAGUAGUCAAAGCCAAUUCCCUGCACCGGAUGUUCAUGAAAGGUUUCGAGAAACAUGAGGAUUAUAGGGCAUGGGAAGACGAGCAACUUGCUAAAUCCAAGGAAACAAAGAAAGGUGCUUUCAAACGUGUAAUUGACAAGUCUGAAGGAUAUUUGAAGAAAUAUAGAGAUUUCAGGGACUGGGAGGAUGCUUGGAUUGAUAAUAAAGUGGGUAAAUUCACGAGAGUGGAGUUUUAUGGCACGGUGAAAAUUUAUCAAUGGAGGAAAGGCGGGGUAGCGACGAUGAGUGAGGAGGCGUUACUGCAGAGGGCGGAAGAAGAAGAAGAAGAAGAAGAAGAGCAAUAUGAAAGCGAGGGCACAAUAGAUUGCGAUGGACGAUCAGAAGUGGUCGCAUUCUCAUAUAUUUGAUUUCGUUAGCCUACAGAUCCAGAUAUUGAAAGAAUACGUAGACUAAAAUAGCUACCACUGUCAGAAUAGACAAGAAAUUGAGUACAGUCCCCAAGAAACGAGAAGGAUUUAUAUCAGCUACCCGGAUACCUUUCAUACAUUCGCUGCAUUCCAAUGUACUGUAAGUGAAUAUCACCUAACAUCGAUCUGUGAAUCCAAUUUGGCAAACAAAGAACACAAAAUCUUCACUCUACUU